AUGGCCGACUAUUAUAAUUUAGAUAAAGAAGAUCCAUCAACCGCCCUUGAAUUCGAUCUCUAUCAAAACCUAACCCAUGAAGCGACUCUUGCAUCUGGAUCUGUCAAGUCAUAUGGGGUGAAGGAAGGCGGUAGCGCAAUUUUUGACAAGAAGAAAUCCCGGUACUCCGUCAGUGCGCAGCGACUCCUUUGGAUAGAUGGAUGGGAAAAGACAACGUUCGAGAGCGGUGAAGCAGUACAUCACCAAGAGAUGACACUGGUUGUCUUAAAGAUUGUUUUUGCUUCCUAUGACACUGAAAAAAAAUUUAGAUCCGCUAAAAUUUCUUUGAUGUUAGAAGACAUCAACGGGGAAGAAACCAAAGGCGCUAAUGAGCCAAGAGUUGAGGCGUGGGCUCCUUUUAACACACCUGAAAAAUGGAAUAUGUCAAUGUCUCAUCACACGGAAUCUAAUAAGAAAGAGGGGAGCCUUCAGUUCGAGUUUUCUGGUGCUGGGCUAUCUACUGGCCUAAGCAACGAGAGAGAAACAUCCUGGGACCAAAGCGCUUUCGAUACGGCAAUGUCAUACUCAGAAUUCAGCACAGUUACUGGCAACCCCAACACCGUAUCCUGGGUCCUUGAACAGAAUAGAUUGGAAAAGUCAGGCAUUUUGCCCAACUUCUUGGUUGCAGUGCUUAUAUCGCGACGGUCACCAGAGCCUUAUUUAGUAAGGUUCCAUAUCAACACUCGAGUGGGUACUGUGGAGGACUUGAGGGACAAGACUAAGAGCUUUUUUGGGCUAAACCCAGAAAGAACAAGGCCAUUUCGGGUUACGCCGGGGGAACGGGAGGUGUGCAGCUCCGAAGGCGCAGACAUGCGAAAGUACGUUGACGCUGAUAACCUGGGAAAACUACGAGAUGAAGAGGAUUGCACAAAGUUAGACUUCAAGUGGGGAACCAAACAUCAGCUGGAAAUUAAGCCACAGGCUAUUGGUAAGCGGAUGGAGGGGGGAUUGGGCAGUGAUGCGACUGCAGAAGAGGGAAGCGAUAGCUGGACGGAUAAGGUGCCAUCGGCUUCGUUUACAGCUCAGGCUCCCAAGGCAGGGGUUGCCAUCGUACCACCACCACAACCUACGGUACUAGGAACCCAGUUAAGCCUCCCUCCUCUGAUGAUUGGUUGGAGCGAUAUGGCCUUAACAAGCCCUGUCGACUUGGGGAGAGUGACGGCGCUUGAAGUUCGCAUAGCUCAGCUUGAGGCUCGCCUUGCAACGCAGGACGCUAUAAUAUUUCAACUGCAGCAGGCACUAGCUAUUAGAGAUAGAUGAGGUUCACCUGACAGUAGAAUUCAAAAUAUUUCAUUGCU